CAGGUUUUACUGCACUGUCUCCACUUCCUUAUUUAUGCCAUCAUUUUUGUGUUCUUAAUCUGUGACCUCAAAGAAUGUUUAAAACGCGCAGUCACGGUGUAGAUAAGCAGUCUUCCCUAAAGCAAGAGAAAGAGAGAGAGAGGAGCAACACAUCAAGUCUGAAAGAAACACUUGUUGAUUUCUGUCAAUGAUCAGCAGACAGAAUCAUUGCUCUGUUGACUUAGACUGAAUCAUGGGGGCUACAGAAAGUAAGGAUAAGAUGUACUGCAGCAGGUACAUGAACGGAAAAGGCCCACCAUCGCUGACAGGUCUGACAGAAGUUGAUGGAACAAAAAAUCACAAAAAAUUCAGCCUGAUAAGAGAAGGAAGCCAGCCCAAUGGAGGUGAGAUGACUUUUAACAUCGAAAGAAAGAGCUUGCCGGGAUAUCCUGAUUGUGACACCAUUCAAAUCAUCUUUCACUUUGAAGAUGGCAUCCAAACGGAUAGGCAUCCACACCCAGGGCACAGCUACAAAGGCCUGGACUCUGUGGCUUACCUGCCCAACAAUACUACAGGGACCAAGAUUUACCGGCUACUGGAGGCUGCCUUUGAUCAAAAGCUGAUGUUUACCGUGGCGGCAGAUUCGAACGGUGAAUACUGUGUGACACCUGCAGAUAUACCACUUAAAACUCUGGAGAGUGGUGGACCAGGAAGCUUGGGCUAUCCAGAUUCAACCUACCUAAAAACAGUGAUCAAAAUUCUUAGGAUUAAAGGAAUCAAAUGAAAGAUGAACUAUGAACAACUGUGGAUUACCAACCUCACCAUGACCCUCUAUGGACCAGGAUGAAGAGGUCGAAAGCACAUAUUUAUAGCCAAAUUCAAUAUUGAUCAUUUUGUUGGCUCUAUGUGGACAUGUGCCAAAUGCUGCCUGUAUUAGUUCAGAAGAGGUUUUUUUUAUUAAGCUUUAUCUUCUUGAGAAUCUAUUGCUAUCUAUGUGAUUUAUAUUUUUUAUUGUGUCUUCUCACAGCAAGUAUUCUGUUUAUAUAUGUAAAUGAAAAAACAUAAUAUAAUUUUCUCUCAUCCUGGGAGUUUGUA